GCUCUAAUUUCGGCAACCUUGUUUUCUGGCCUGCUCCAACAAGUACGUUUCGGCGCAGUACAUCUUGUAACCCUCGGUCAACCUACCCUCCGCCAUUACCACGGUCGAGAUAAAUCUUACUGUUCUCGCAACUGUUCCGCGAUUUUCACCACGAUUUAAGCUUGAGAAUUGCCGUAGCAGAGUUCUUUUGCAACUUGUUUUGUUUGUUUUCAACAUUGUUUGAGGGUUUGCGCUAGAAAAGGCAUCUACAGUUGUUUCUGCUUUAGAUUUGCAGAUAUUUUUUGGCUUUCUGAUCGGUUUCUGCCUAAAAGGACGCGUUACAGAAGGAACUGAGUGAUUUCUUGACCGAAAAACGAGCUGACGUUAGUCAAACGAACCUAGUUCUCGUUUUAAUAUUUCUUGUUAGACGUUUUAUACGCCGUAUACGGUCUAUAUUUGUUUUCUUCACAGGCGUACGCACUGGUCGUCUGAAAAAAAAAAGCUGUUCUACAUCGUUUAACAGCUUGUUGUUUUCUUUCACAAGGUUAGGACUCCAGGAAUUUGCCUGUUUGUGGUCCCCCUUAAUUGAAUAAUCUUCUUCUUCUUGUUCACGCAUAAUACGGUUCAAAGCUAGCAUCUUCCUAGUGCUCAGCUCAUCUCUGCUUCACACGCAGCAGUUUAGUCAUACUCCAAACGUCUUUUUUCCUUUCACAUCAUCAUCAUGCCUGAAGGACCAGGAAGACUUGGCAAUUUAACGCCAGAACAAGAGGCUUUGCUCAAACAAUUCUGGAAAAAAAUGUUCGAAUUCUUUGAGCUGCCGCUGCAAAAACGCUCUGACAGUUUCAGCAGCGCCAAAAGUUUUCUCUCCGAUUCCUCUGCUGUCAGCUUCUCCCAUUACGCUGCCUCUGUUAUGUCCUCUUCCACAAAGCCGUCCAUCUCUACAGUUCCUGUCGGAUCCAUGGGACCUGCAUUAAAGCCUGUACCCACUAAUGCAAGUGGCCGUACGAGUAAGAGCACGAGCAAGAACAGCAGCAAGGGAUCUGGCAAGAGUAAAUCCCACAAAAGUUCUAAAGUGAAGAAAAACGACACGGAAGGUCGCAUUCACAAAGUCCUCUCGCAAUGGACACCCACCGAACUGCGUAAUGCAUUCUGGGAAAUGAUUAAAACCGACAACCCUGACGCCUUGCUUCUUCGUUUUCUUCGUGCACGUAAAUGGGAUCUCCAAGCCGCCGUCGCCAUGUUCCUGGAAACGAUGCAAUGGCGUUUCCGCGAAAUGAACGUUACCGACAUUCUGAAGAACGCUGAUCAUCUCAAAGACGACAAGGAUUUCCUUUUCCAAUUGCGCAUUGGCAAGUGUUUUAUUUAUGGUGAAGAUUUGUGUGGUCGCCCUAUCUGCUACAUCCGCUCGCGUUUGCACAAGCUGAACCAGGUGUCUCAAGAGUCCGUGGAGCGUUUGACCGUUUGGGUUAUGGAGACAGCCCGUCUUUUGCUGAAGCCUCCCGUGGAAACGGCCACAGUCGUGUUCGAUAUGACUGACUUUAGCAUGUCUAACAUGGACUAUGCGCCUUUGAAGUUCAUGAUCAAGUGUUUAGAGGCACACUAUCCCGAGUGUCUCGGUGUGUGCAUUGUACAUAAGGCACCUUGGCUCUUCCAGGGUGUGUGGCAAGUGAUUAAGACCUGGCUGGACCCGGUUGUUGUGUCUAAGGUGAAGUUUACACGCAACGCGAAGGACUUGCAGCAAUUCAUUAAGACCGACUACAUUCUCAAGGAGCUUGGUGGACCCAAUCCUUGGUCAUACACGUAUCCCGAGCCUUGCCCUAGCGAGACCGAGGGCACACGAGACACGGUCACGCGUGACAAGCUCAAAGACGAGAAGAAUGACAUUGCUGUUCAAUACGAAAGAGCCACGAUCGACUGGAUCAUGGGUUAUACGGAUCCCGCGGAGGUGAAGGGCAAACGCACUCAACUGGCUUCGGAGCUGAAGGAUGCUUACUGGCGUUUGGACAAGUACGUUCGUGGUCCCUCUGUCUACGAUCGCAUGGGACUUAUUUCACCCAAUCCCUCCUGUUUCCCAACGAAAGAAUACGCCUCUAAAGUAUCACGUUCUCGUCGCUAAUCGUAUUCGUCUUCGUCUGAUGAACACUGGCGUCGCCGACUUGAUGCUAACGCUUUCACGUAAUACGAUCACUAUUCAUUACACACACACACACACUCACACACACGCACUACAGACACGAACAAACACGAACUUUCUUCUACAACACGCAAAACACCUGCUCGCGCGCAUCCGUGCACGUUUUAAUUCUUUUUUGUUUCUUCCCUCGCUUUUUGCGAUUGCAUGCGGGACGCGCUUUGCCUCCUCGUGUAUGAUUUAACUUACGUACAUUCCUUAAAAACG